AUGGCGCUCACGGACCUCAUGUCGGUGGAAAUGAGCGCCAAGUACAUGGACUUGAGCAGCUCGUCGGGUCUCUCGUCGGACUCGGACUCGGACGAGCUCUUGUCGUCGUCCUCGAACUCGUCGGAGCUGUCGUCGUCUUCCUCUGCUGCGGACUCGGACCGUCCACGGGCAUCGGGGAGCCCCUCUACGGGCUCUCACAGACGUGCAGGCAAAGGAGCAAGCGCGGGGAGCAAAGAAGGAGCUGGUCGAGGCGCUUCUGGCGGAAAGAGAGGGAAGACAGAGAAGAAGAUCAAGACGAAGAAAUGUAAAGCGGAGCGUGCUGCUUUGAAACCAGCUCGGACUGCGAGCCGUGCAAAGCUGAAGGAGGGGGAGACGACAGGAGAGGGAGCACUUGUACAGAUGAGUUCGUCGCCGCCGCCGCCUCCGCCACCGCCACUGACUUGUGUGUCGUCGGAUGGAAACUUGUCCAGUGAUAUCGCGGUCAGUGGCAGUUCGAGCUCCGACUCGUCGGAUUUGUCGGACCACUCGGAGACGGAUCUUCCGCCUCCGCCGCCUCCUCCUAUGGGGGUUGGACGUAGUACUGGUACUACGACAACGUCGUCCUUGUCAAGGGCGCCUGUUCGAAGACCGCCAGUGAUACACAACGCGUCGCAGGGAGCUAGUGCUGCGUCGUUGAAGGUGACACUGAAACUCCCACCGGGGUUUCGUGCAAAGACUAGUGGUACUUUGAUGCCUGUUGAUAGUCGAAUACCCCAUGGUGAUGCGCAGGGAACGAAUUUACCUAGAAGAGCGAAAGUACCAACAAGCGCGAGUAGGAAAGCAUCACCUGCUGUCGGCUCAGUCUCUCAGCGUUCGAGUCGUGUGCAGUCUGGUGCUACUGCUGGACGUGAUGUAGUACUCGCUGAAAAAGUAAAUGGGACGCCGCUUGUGGAAUUAGCGGCUUCAGAUGGCGCACGGUUGUCAUCGAAGUUGAUUCCGACAGGCCCUACUGUGCCUGCAGGCGAAAUUAGGGGCGCACGGGAAUUAUCACUCGUGGACCCAAUCCACAUUGGAAACGGUCUCGAAGAAACGAGUGAGUUGAACAUUCCGGCCCAUUUCAAUGACCCGUGCGCACAGGAAGGCGAUACAUUGCGUCUUUUGGACAUGUUCUUCUUUUGUGACGAAAAUGGCAAAGCAAUCAGUCUCGAGAUUCUCGAUCGUCCGAGCGACCGGCGUCCAAAGAUCAUGGGAUUCGGUACAGUCGUAGAGCAUGUACCCCUGGCGGAACGACCUUUCCCGAACAAGCCCAUUCUCGCAUCUCCAGCUUUUCCCUCACGUUCUAAGAAACGUUCUCGGGCAGAUUCUGCCGUGUCGACACCUGCAAAGUCCCCAGCUUCGAAGUCACGAGCAAGGCCCAGAGUGGAAAGUAAACGCGCGAAGUUGGAUACCGAAAGUAUGUAUCAAGGCGACGGUGAAUUUGAAGAAGGCAAGAUCGAAACAUCUAGUACAGGCGAGUGUGGCAUUUUUCAUCAGUCGCAUGUGUAUCAUGUCCUCGAACCGUUCUGGCUAAGUCGGCUUCCUCAAGUAGAUGGUCAUUCUGGUUCUCGUAGUGAAAGCAGUGACAUGACCUCGGACGACGAAACUAUUCGUCUCGGGCGCAGUGCAGCUGGUAGAGGUUCAGACAAUGGUAGCGAGCUCCAAUUCUCCGCGACUAAUAGCUCAAGUGGAAGUGAAAGUGAUGACGACAUGAGAUCUUCGGGGGAGAGUGAUGCAGGUGAUGGAGCUGGAAUGGCAAGAGCAAGUCGGCGCCCCGGUAAUGAUGCUGUGAUUUGUAAACCUUUUCCUCCAAACUCUGAGGAUUCUGGAUUGCGACCAGUUGGCCAAGUACAGCGGCGACCAAGUGCUAGAGUGGAUUCUAGAAAUGCUGGUCUACCUCACGAUGUCGUCGAACUGAUGCGAACUGACCAAGCUGUAGAAUUGGAUGCCAACGGUACUCCUGACGAGCUCAACUUGAUGGAGUGCGGUUUUCGUCACCCACCCGAGUAUGCACGCGCUCGUGUUUGGCUCCCCGAAAUCACGGACUGGUGUCUCGAUUAUGCAGAGGGUGACCCCACGUUGUGGGUUGUGACUCCUCAUGCCUGGUACAAGAUCGCAGGGCCUUUAUCAGGUUUGUUGCCACACGCAUCAUAUCGACAUACUUUCAAGCACGUUCGUCGCCUGUUCGAGGCCAGCUAUCUCGUGGCGUAUGUUCUCAAGGAGUGGUUGCCGAUCAACAAAAAGGUUUCUUAUCGAGCCACGCUGCAACAAAUAAUUGAAGUGUCUUUGAAAGGAAGAUAUCGUGUGUCAGCCUGGUUUCUUGUCAAGAACUACCCUUUUAUCCGGGCUCAAGUUUCUAACCUGUUCUCGGAUAAAGAGGUAUACUUGGAGUCAAUGUUUUUUAAGCAACUGCAUCGUCUUCACGAGAAUUACACGUUACGUGUGGCACGACACCAAAAGGAAAUGGCUGAGCGGGAAGCUCGUCGCGUUAAACGAGAGAAUGAGCGUCUCGAGAAGAAGCAGCGGGACGAGGAUGUGCGACAGCGUUUGAAAGACGAACGCGACGAAGAGCGAAGGCAGAAAGAGCAAGAGCACAAGUACCCUGUGGAAGAUUUGCAGCUCCUCGAAGGGGAGGCGGUGAACACAAACUGUCUGCCUUUAAGCUGCUCAAGUUUGAAGGGUGUCAAAGGUCCAUUGCUCGGUGAGCUUAUAAUGGCGUGGCAAACGAUUUGCACAUUCAAGAGUUUUGUCGGGCUUGAGUCGAUCUCACUGGAAGCUCUUGCGGAAUGUAUCACGACCCGUUCGGAUGAGGGAACUCAUGUUGGUCUGGCUCGGAUUUUCAUGGCAUUUCUACACGUCAUCUUGUCGGAAAAGUCUUUUAUGUCACUCGUGGACGAUCUCGUUGUUGAGAGCAACAUUAAGGUAUCCGAUCUGUUUGUGAACUGCGAACGAACUUACGGAACGUGCGAGCGUGCAUAUGGUGACAUGCUGAACGCAGUUACCUGGCAGGAAAUCCUUCGCCAGCUAAUGUCUAAGGAUCUAGGAAUUGAUCCAUCCAUUGGGCACGUAGAGCCUUUGGUUGGUUGUGAGAUUGUUCGGCAAACACUGUAUAUGCAGAACAACUCUGCCCCUUUCAACGCCCCAGUCGAUAUGGCCGCGAAGGGUUUGGAAGAUUACACCCAAGUUAUCGCAAAACCGAUGGACCUGGGCACAAUCAAAAAGACGAUCGAUUCGGGGGGUUACGAGGGGCCCGAUGGGCACAAAAAGUUUGCUGAAGAUGUUCGAUUGGUGUGGGAUAAUGCUGUACUGUACAAUGGAGAGGAAUCAGAGGUGGGUCGUGCUGCGUUGGCGUUGUCGGAUGUGUUUGAGCAAGACUAUGAAAGGCUUGUCGUCGGACGCGUUCGCGCAAACCAGCGCCGGAUCGAAGGGUGUGAGAAGGCAAAAGAAAGGCUAAAAGAUCCGUUCGCAAAAGAGCUGGAAUCGUUCCAAUAUUCUGAUGUAGUCUAUGGACUGUACUGUAUGGAGUUUCACGAGCUUCCCUCAGCAUACAAAAUCGGUGCACUUUCAUGGAUUUGCUCGGAAUUUCUGACGCUGUCCAGCGUUCGGGCGUAUCUGGCAGCUCAAGUGGAUCAGGAGAUGAUGGUAUAUAAGAACCAUCGAAAACGCGCGGCCGAUCUGGAUUUCAGGAGAAAACAGUCGGACAAGAUGCGACGUGAGAAGGAGUAUGCGUUCAGAAGAGAUUGUGCCAGCCAAGGUAUUCAUCCUAAUUCACACAACGUUUUCUCGGAGGGCAUUAAGCGCCGCCACAAGUUCAUCGGGAAAUUUUUUGAGGACAUCCUGGCUGAGAAAAUUGAGGAUGAGAAAACCUUGGAGCAAGAGAAAAAAGUUCAGGCGGAGAUACUGGUAAACGAUCUGAGCUCAAUUAUCAUUCGGGAGUCUCCUUUAGGAAAAGACCGGUACCACAACUCGUACUUUAUGUUUAGAAACGAUACGAAGCCCCGAUUGUUCAUUGAACGUGGAGAUACGGGCGAUUUUGUAAUUUGUGGCAGUAAAGCGCAGCUAAUGGAGAUUAUGGAAUGGCUAAAUCCUAAGGGCGUUCGAGAGCUGGAUUUGUUAAAGAAGUUGCAGUCUGUAAAAGACAGACUGAUUGAUUACUUUCGUGAGAAGCAAGACGAGAGUACUUCUGAGCUCGUGUGGGCUAGCACGGAUAGCAUCGAGCUUUCGAUGUUUCCGCUUCGUGGUGGCGCAUGGCAGACCGGGGCUGGCGGUAAGAGUGAAAUUAUAACGAUUGCGGAUGCAGACAGGGUCAUCGAUUCACGAGGUAUUGCCCAGAAAAUGUUGCUCUACUUGAAGCAGCAACUCGUGAACGCAAAAACAUUGCCUGCUUCAUGGGAAGGAGCCCAAACGUGGGGUAAUCGUGUUGUAGAAGCAAAAUCGUUCAAGGAGCAACUUGAUUUGUUUGCCGAAUUGGAAAGUACUGCAGUAACAACCUUACAUUCUGGAAUGGAGACAAUUCGACCAUCGUGGCAGCGGAAGCGACGUGAGUGGCGGUUGGCCUUGGAAGGUUCCUGCACAUAUGCGCAGAUGGUGUUUCUGCUUCACCUGCUACUGGAAGAGUUUAUUAACGUGGAAGCUUUCCUGGAUUUGCAUAUCCGUUUGGAUCGGAGGGAGUGGCUCAAGUUGCGACCAAAAGAGGCCCGAAACUUUAUUCCUGAGCCAGGAGCGGUCGUUGUCUAUUUCGGGGAUGGCCAUGCACUAGCGCUGAAAGAAGACGAGAAGUCCAAAAGAAAGCGCUUUACUCAGAACAGCGACACCCCUGUUCGAAAUGUAACGGUCAUUUGCAUGGUGAAAAAUGUGUCGUAUCACCACGGUGGAGGUGACCCCUACGCAUUGGCAGUAUUGCAACCGAUUGCGGAUAUGGCACAACACGAAUGCGUCCGCGCGCCAGGCACUCUUCUGUGUCCACUACCGUCACGAAAACAGAGACUAGCUCGAGUGUUUUUGCGUGUUCUGGCGAGAUUGAAGAUGCUCGCUGAUGCCGGUCCGUUCUUGGAGCCUGUGUCCAAUCGAGAGUUUCCUCAGUACAAGGAGAUUAUCUUGCAUCCCAUGGAUCUCGGUAGAAUGGCAAAGAAGGCCAUCGAGCUGAAGUAUGACACUGCGGCCGAGUUUAUGGCUGACCUGCGACUCAUCCGGGAUAAUUGUCAGCUGUUUUGCGAAGGUCGUUUUCCAACACUCCCGCCACUGGCCCACAACUUGGUCAACAUUGCGGAUGGGCAGAUCGAGAAGUGGGGCAAAGAGAUUCGUGCAUGCGAAGACACCCAUGACGAUCCUUCGGCCAUGGAGAAAAGCUGCUUGUCCCCGUUGUCUUCAGAGAAGAGAAGCGUGUCGACGAACCAGGACGAAUCACCAGUAGACGGUGGGGAGCAGCUGCCUACUCGUUCGAUUGUGACUAUGUUGCGGCUGGAAAAUCGAUUGCCUGAGUACAUUGUGGAUGCGAGUCGAUAUUCGUGGGCCGUCAACCACACGUGGCAAUGUGGAGAAAAAUUCCGUAUGCUAUUCCGCAACCCGCAAGGUCAACCAGGCGAGUAUUACGGGGGCGUUACUGCAGGAUCUUUGCCAUUUGACAAACACGGUAUGCUGCCGUGGGAGUCAUUGCGCAUCACGUGGGACGACGAUGAUGGGGCGGACAACAAUCGCAUCAAUCCAUGGGAAGCGGAAUUGACUGGACUGGGAUCAGCGCGUAAAUAA